AUGUGUCAUCUAACUCCCCACCUCACAAGCAAAUGCAAUUCAAAUCCCGAGUAUCUAGUUUCAAUCGAUGACCAAGAGUCAGAGCAACCCAACAUGAUCACCAGUCCGUUGAUCCAAAAAGGCACAACCAAAGCACCACCCCAUCUCAGGAGUGCCUUCAAAGAACUCAUUUCCAUAGCCAAAAUAGCUCUUCCCAUGAUCCUCACCGGCCUCAUACUCUAUUGCCGUUCAAUGAUCUCCAUGCUCUUCCUUGGCCACCUCGGCGAGCUUGCCUUAGCCGGUGGUUCACUCGCAGUGGGUUUUGCUAACAUCACCGGCUACUCAAUCCUCUCUGGUCUUGCUGUAGGAAUGGAACCCAUUUGUGGACAAGCCUUUGGUGCCAAAAAAUUCACCCUCCUCGGUCUCUGUUUACAGAGAACCGUUCUUUUGCUUCUCUUCACCUCUGUUCCCAUUUCUCUGCUUUGGCUUCACAUGAAGCGUAUCCUUCUCUUGUGUGGCCAAGACGAAGCCAUAGCCGCACAAGCCCAAUCCUAUCUUCUCUAUUCCAUCCCUGACCUCUUAGCACAAUCCCUUUUACACCCAUUGCGAAUUUACCUUCGAAGCCAAUCCAUUACUCUGCCUCUUACUCUCUGUGCCACCUUGUCAAUUUUUCUUCACAUACCCAUCAAUUUUCUUCUCGUUUCUCACCUUAAUUUGGGGAUCAAAGGCGUGGCUUUGAGCGGGGUCUGGACUAACUUCAACCUCGUGGCCUCUUUGGUUCUUUACAUAGUCUUCUCUGGCACACACAAGAAAACAUGGGGAGGUUUCUCUUUUGAAUGCUUCACACAGUGGAAAUCACUUCUCAACUUGGCCAUUCCAAGCUGCAUUUCAGUGUGUCUGGAAUGGUGGUGGUAUGAGCUCAUGAUUUUGCUAUGUGGGUUGUUGAUAAAUCCAAAAGCAACGGUGGCUUCCAUGGGGAUUUUGAUCCAAACAACCUCUUUGCUCUACAUUUUGCCAUCAUCAAUAAGCUUCAGUGUGUCCACUAGAGUGGGGAACAAACUAGGCGCACAAAAGCCAUCAAAAGCGAGGGUCUCUGCUAUCGUGGGCCUCUCUUGCAGCUUCAUGUUGGGUGUCUCAGCUUUGGUUUUUGCUGUGAUGGUUAGAAACAUAUGGGCCAGCAUGUUCACGCAGGACAAAGAGAUCAUAACCCUGACAUCAUUGGUGUUGCCGAUAAUAGGGCUUUGUGAACUAGGAAACUGUCCUCAGACAACGGGGUGUGGGGUGCUAAGAGGCACUGCAAGGCCUAAAGUUGGAGCGAACAUCAACUUAGGUUGUUUCUACCUUGUUGGAAUGCCUGUGGCUAUUUGGCUUGCUUUCUUUGCUGGCUUUGACUUUCAAGGCCUUUGGCUUGGCUUACUUGCAGCUCAGGGUUCUUGUGCUGUUACCAUGUUGAUUGUUUUGAGUCAAACUGAUUGGGAGGCUGAGGCUCUAAGAGCCAAGCAACUAACCACAACCACUGUUGUUGAUGACAGCAAAGAGGUUUGUGCCGAGAAGCCACCCAAAGCUGAAAUCAAGGAAGAUUCUUUAUCAUUAGCUCAUUCGGAUCAAGAUAAACAAUCCUGGGUUUAACUUUUUC